AUGGAAUCGCAAGUGAAUGAAAAAACUCCGAUGGUCCCUGUUGGAGAUCCAGGUCCAUCUUAUGUUCUUCCGGGUCAUCCACCUCGUUUACGUGAACGUCAAGCAAAACAGUUUCAAUGUUGCAUUUGUACAGGACUUUUAUCAGCUUUCUUCAUGGCAUUAAUUAUAGCAGUUACGUACACAUUAUGGGGACCUUCAGUUAUAAAUUUCAGAAACUCAACAGAAGCUAAUGACACUCGAAUAACAAUGGAAGCAGACAAUCAACUGCCAACAAAUUUCUUCAUUCUGUUUCCAUUAACCGACGAACUUCAAACAAAUUGGACAAUUCAAGAACCAAAUGAAGAAGAAUUGAAGAAAGCACUCGAUGCUGGUAAAGAAGCUUUAGGUGAUAAGGAAAUGAUUGAAGAAAUUAUUCUUGCACCAGCAUUGAACACUCCAACAUUUCGUCAUCAACGAGCAGUUGCAACCACUCACGUUUCAAGACUUGCAUCUAAACGUGGAUAUGUUGAAGAUCAUGCAACCAAAUUUUUACUUGAGAAAUCUAACAAUAAAAGAAGUUACAAAAAACGUUGGAAUGUCGGUCGAGGUCCAAAUUCAAAUUUAACAAAAACUGACUCAAUCAAAUGUCGAACACAAGGAAAAUAUCGAAAUUUUGAUGGUACAUGUAACAAUCUUAAACAUCCACGAUGGGGCUCAGCUUACAUUCCAUUUCGUCGAGCUCUAAAUCCCGAUUAUUGUGACGGUGCAAUGUCACCUCGUUGUGCAUUUGAUGGAACGGAACUUGCAUCAGCUCGAGAAAUUUCGAUCACAGUUCAUCGUCCAUCUUACUAUACUGAUCCACAAUUUACCGUCAUGUUGGCUGUUUGGGGACAAUUCCUUGAUCAUGACAUAACUUCGACUGCUUUGAAUCAAGGUCAAGAUGGUGAACCAAUUGAAUGUUGUGGAGAUUCCGAUCCAAAGCAUCCUGAAUGCUUUCCUGUGCCAUUGGGAAAAGGCGAUCCAUACUUUGAUGAUUAUAAUCUCACGUGCAUGAAUUUUGUAAGAAGUGUCCCAGCACCGACAGACUAUUUAGGACCACGAGAGCAGUUCAAUCAAGCGACAGCUUUUAUUGAUGGUUCUGUUGUUUAUGGAUCAACAGAAGAGAAAGUCAAUGAGUUGAGAUCAUUUCAAGAUGGUUCAUUGAAAAUGUACGUGACAGUCAACAAUCGAACACUUUUACCAGUCAAUGAGAAUCCUCGUGAUGGUUGUAAUGAAGCUGAUGAGAACGCGAAAGGAAGAUAUUGUUUCGAUUCUGGUGAUGCAAGAUCAAAUGAGAAUCUCCAUUUGACAUCAAUGCAUUUGUUACUCGCCAGACAUCACAAUUAUUUAGCGAAAGGAUUAAAACGAAUUAACUCCGAUUGGGAUGAUGAGAAACUUUUCCAGGAAUCUCGAAGAAUUCUCGGUGCUCAGAUGCAGCACAUUACUUAUAAUGAAUUUUUGUCAGUCAUUAUCGGAAAAGAUGCAAGUGAAAAGUUCGGGAUUCUCUCGACACCUGAAGGUAUGAACGACACUUACGAUGACAAUGUGAAUCCAUCAAUGGCGAAUGAGUUUGCCGCAGCUGCUUUUCGUUUCGCUCACACAUUGCUGCCUGGUUUGAUGAAAGUCACAAAGGAAUUGAAUGACACGGAAGAAUCAAUUUCACUUCACAAUAUGUUGUUCAAUCCUUACUCCCUUUAUCGACCUGACGGCUUGGAUAACGCCAUUCGAACAGCAAUGAAUAACUCACUGGAAAAGUCAGAUCCUUACUUCACAACAGAAUUAACCGAGAAACUCUUCGCAAAAGAUGCUUCACCAAUGAUUUGUGGAUUAGAUUUAGUGUCGCUUAAUAUUCAACGUGGUCGGGAUCAUGGGCUACCUGCUUAUCCAGAAUGGAGAAAACAUUGUCGACUACCUAAGGUUGACACUUGGGACGAUCUUUCAAAAGCUAUCGACUCUCAAUCAUUUAAGACAAUUAAGGAAAUUUAUAAAUCACCUCAAGACAUCGACAUUUACACAGGAGGGUUGGCAGAAAUGCCAGUAAAAGGAGGCAUAAUUGGACCUUUAUUGACCUGCUUAAUUGGAGAUCAAUUUGUACGGUUGAAGAAAGGCGACGCCUUCUGGUAUGAGAGAACAAUCGGACAGCAAAAAUUUACAAGAGACCAACUCCAUCAAAUUUUCAACACAACAUUAUCGACGAUUAUUUGUCGUAAUUCGGAUGCUGUUGAAUAUUCUCAACGUUAUGUUAUGAAGCGAGUAUCUAAAACUAAUAAGAUGGAAAAGUGCGAUGAACUCGAUACUUUUGACUUUGAACCAUGGAGAAUGAAGCAAAAGUCGAAUAAAUUAGCACGAGUUGAAAUUCCAAGCGAUCAAUCAAAAGCAAAUGUAAUAAAAAAUUAAUUUGAUCUUAUUCUAAUUUUUAUUUCAUGA